AUGGAAGCGCUCAGACUCUACCUCACUUUCUUAUCAGGCGCUAAGGAGCAAGAUCCAACAUAUUCUCAGCCCUCCCCAGCCGGCGAAUUGAACGGCAUUAGUGACGACAACAACCAUCAAGGCAUCACUACACCGAGCCAGCAGCUCCAACAGCCUGACAUGACUACAUACAACUUCUCGGCACCAAAGCGGUCAAUUUACCCAGCAAAGCAAUUUGACGCUGCUAGCCACAAUGACUGUGACCCGCUACGUCUAGGCGCAAAAGUGAGAAUCGAAAUCCUUGGAUCGAAAUACAUCUUGUGCAAGCGCAAAAACCAGAUCAAGCAACAGGAGCCUGCCAGAAUUGCAUGCGAGCCAGCGAACACAGCAACCAACCAGAGCGACUUUCAAUAUCACACCUGUCUUGCCAAUGCAAUCGACCAUCUGCCAGCACGGUUGCGAAAUUGUGUUUGGGCGCUUACAGACAACACUCUCUGUAUUCAUUGA